AUGGCCGACGGCAGUGCCGCGAACUUGCCACAUGAGACAGCCGAGGAAUGGGCAGCGGCCUUCCAUGCUAAAUUCGACGCUGUUUGCAGGAACUUCUGGGAGCAGUUAGAGAAGAGGGGCUUGCCUCCCGCUCUGAAACCAGCUAAGCUACAACAGCGCGGCAAGAGUCACCAAAGCUUACCACAAGUAUGCCACCAAGGGGGCUCCACUGUACAGCAUGCUGCUAUGCCGCCAGCUGCCCCUCCAAUUCCUGCCAAAUCCACAAUGGGACCCACAUGGAGACUCACCCCGCUGCAAAGGCCGCGACACCGGCGAACAGCACGAUACCGGAGACGCAGACCCCACCAGACACCCAAGCCUGCUCGCUCUCUCCCGAAUAGGAAGAUUGAGGCGCCUAGAGCUCUGCUUGCAAGCGGCAACAUGAGACAUACAGUCCCCCUGGUUUGGGACCGGGAGGUAGCAGCUCACCUACUACACAACAGUGGCAAUCAACCAAGCUGGGGAGCCCACAAACCGGGCUAUCAAACAAACUAUCUUUUGAAACACACCAAGGGCAUCGGAUGA